AUGGUGCGAGCAACUUCCUCUACUUGCCGUGGUAGGACAGCAGCGAAUAGCGAUCGCCCAGGUCGGCAGCGUCAUGAUCGUGAGCGCCAGCGCCGCUACCUCAACGACCUCAUCUCAGGGCGACGCAACCUCGUUGACAGAGUCGUUGCCGGCACUGAGGCACAUGGGCAAGUCGACCGCCGCAACGACAACAACAACAACACCAGUGGUGAAAUCGUCCACGCUGUAACCCACCCUGGUGCUGGUCCUCGUCAUCGAAUCGCCAACGAGGUCCCUGCCCACCAUCAAAACCAUCAAAACCAUCAAAGGCAAGUCAACAUCGUCCCAGACGUGGUCCGCCAGCGUGCCCGCGAGCUGCGCCGUGACGAGUACAUCGACGUCCCCAACCGUGUCCCCCAGCCAAGGGCCAACUCCCCAUUUAACGUCCCAGAUAGGCUCCUGCGCCUUCUCGCGGCCCCCGUCCGCGAAGUUGCUCAAGACAACACUCGUGAAGCGAAUGUCGCCAGUGACAACAAUGAUCUCCUUGCCAUGCUUCGAGGACGAGUUCGACCCGGUUCUCCUGCCGGCGGCCGCGACGUUCAAACCACGGGAAACCGCAAUCUCAACAUCAACCCCAACCCCAACCCCAACCGCGACAACGUCAACAGUGACACCCCCAACCCAAACCGGGCCGGCCCAAUCGCCCUGUUAAACACCGUUGUCCCCAGAAACGUCGGCGCCAGACGCGUCGGCGCCAGAGACGCCCCCAGACCCGCCGCUCCCCGCGCCCGCGCUGUCACCGAGGAAGACCGCAUCAACCGGCUCGUCAGGAACCCCCGGCUCCGCCGCCUGCUCGCGGGCCGCCCCGUCCAGCGGAAGCCCAGUCGCGUGGUUGACAUGCAGUUGACUAUGAACAGGAGGGGCGGUCCGGGUUAUUAA